CGCUCUGUGAAGUGCGGGAGAUUUUUAACGAGGAAAACCCGAACCCCAGGGACGCCGUCCCUAAAGCUGCUGUUGACGCAGCUGUCGCCUGGGUGUGCACCCAAGUAGCGGUGAAGGAGUGCCCGGAGUCGGGGGCAGCGUGGAGGUUGAAAGGUGGCCUCGGGCGACCGGAUGCCAUUCUGAGGCUCUUUCGGGGUUCUGGAGGCAGCAGGGUAACUCGGGAAGCGUUUUCUCGAUGCAAGAGUCCACGGUGGAAAGAGGUCUCUCCCCCACCUUCCUUAGAAGUUUGACUUGGGUCACUUCAGCCCAUGGAGGAAACCCUGACUCGGGUGAAUUAGAGGCCAGCUGGAGGCUCGCACCCAUGCGGCUCUACACCCUCUCCAAGCGCCACUUUGUCCUCGUGUUUGUUGUUUUCUUCCUCUGUUUCGGACUGACCGUCUUCGUUGGGAUCAAGGGACCCAAAGUGAUCCAGACUUCCGCUGCUAAUUUUUCACUGAAUAAUAGCAAAAAGCUAAAGCCAAUUCAGAUAAGUUCAAACCCGCUGUCUACAUAUAACCAACAGCUGUGGCUGACGUGCGUGGUGGAGCUGGAGCCCUCAGAAGAAACGUCUAUUAAAACCAGCUUUUCCAUGACUGUGAAAGUCAACGGUGUGGCUCAAGAUGGAACCACGAUAUACGUUCAUAACAAGGUUCACAACCGGACAAGGAUGCUGUCGUGUGCAGGGAAAUGUGCAGAGAUCAUCGUGGCCCACCUUGGCUAUCUGAAUUACACACAGUACACAGUGACCGUGGGAUUUGAACACCUGAACCAGCCCGUCAAGGAGAUGAACUUCACGUGGAAAACAUACAACCCUGCGUUUUCCCAGCUGGAGAUCUGGUUCCGGUUUGUGUUUGUGGUUCUCACCUUCAUUGUCACCUGCCUGUUCGCGCACUCCCUGCGCAAGUUCUCCAUGAGAGACUGGGGCAUCGAGCAGAAGUGGAUGUCUGUGCUCCUGCCACUGCUGCUGCUCUACAACGACCCGUUCUUCCCGCUCUCCUUCCUGGUGAACAGCUGGCUCCCGGGGAUGCUGGACGACUUCUUCCAGUCUCUGUUCCUGUGCGCCCUGCUGCUCUUCUGGCUGUGCGUGUACCAUGGGAUACGGGUCCAGGGAGAAAGAAAAUGCUUAACUUUCUAUUUGCCUAAGUUCUUCAUCGUUGGACUGUUGUGGCUGGCUUCUGUCACACUGGGAAUAUGGCAGACAUUUAAUGAACUACACGACCCCAUGUACCAGUAUCGCGUUGACACGGGAAACUUUCAGGGUAUGAAGGUCUUCUUCAUGGUGGUGGCCGCUCUGUACGUUUUAUACCUCCUGUUCUUGAUAGUGCGGGCAUGCUCCGAGCUCCGUCACAUGCCUUAUGUGGAUCUCAGGUUAAAGUUUUUGACUGCAUUGACCUUUGUCGUGCUUGUUAUUAGCAUCGUCAUCCUCUAUCUAAGGUUUGGAGCACAAGUGUUGCAAGACAACUUUGUAGCGGAGCUGUCGGCUCACUACCAGAACUCAGCGGAAUUCCUGUCUUUCUAUGGCCUGCUGAACUUUUACCUGUACACGCUGGCCUUCGUGUACUCUCCAUCCAAGAAUGCUCUGUAUGAGUCCCAGCUAAAAGACAACCCUGCGUUUUCCAUGCUGAACGAUUCUGAUGACGAUGUGAUUUACGGGAGCGACUACGAAGAAAUGCCCCUGCAGAACGGCCAGGCCAUCCGGGCCAAGUACAAGGAAGAGUCGGACAGUGACUGAGCCCUGCAGCAGAUGGGACAGCUAGGGGGCCAGAGGCCUUCCCUAGUGACGUGUCCUGGGCCUUUCUUCUGUGUGUGUUUGGACUCCUGGAAGCAGAGGUUUCCUGUUCCUUAUUUGUUUACAUAUUUUUAAAAGAAAAACCAAAUGGACUGAAGGUUGGUUGGAGUUUGCUGCUGGGGCAGCUCCACUACUGACGAGGAGGCCGGCUGGCGGAGAAGCCAAAGGCAAACCCUUUCACAGAGACACCGGACGAGAAGGAGCCUGUGUGCGAUGAGGACGAGAAAUUACCCAGUUUAAUAAAAAGAAUUAUGUACUUUUCCUCUUACAAAGCAGUUUGCCAGCUCUGAGUGUGCGGGAGGCCUGAUUGAUGGCCGAGGUCCCAGGGUGGCAGCCUCUUCCCCAUGCCCCCUUUCCUGAGUGCUCUACCCUCAAAGCGAAGCUGGGCCUGCACCUGCCUCGGUGGGGACCACCGUCUCCACAGACACAUGGCGGGCCCAUGCUGACUCCCAGGCAUCUGGGAUGAUGGCCUUCAUUGCAUUUGGUGAACCACUUACAAUGGAGCUUUCAGGAAUGGUGGGUGGCUAAGUGCAGUCUGCCACUGCCCCUGAGCAGAAGUCAGGGUGUGUGGGUGUGUGUGUGUCUGUCUGUCUGUCUGUGUCUCAGACAGGAGGAAGCUAAGGUGUCUACAAGCCAGUAGUCCUGUGGGCAAGGUCUUGUGCCAUGGUGCUUUUGAGGGCCCGUGUGCAAGUGUCUGCCUAUGUUAUAGGACUGGGUGGAAAACAGGGUGGCCCUUCCCGUUCCAAGUUUCUGCAACUCCACUGAGUAUGAGACCUCAAAGAGCUCUGGUUUGGUUUUUUGUUGUUGUUUUUAAUGAACACUACACGAAAUAUUACUAGAUUAGAAAUUCUUUAUUGUCAAAAAGGUUUCCAGUUUAACAUUUGUCACUAAAAUGAAGAGAAAGUUAAACAUUUUGAAUGGUUAUGGAAACACUUCAGAUAAAGGAACUUACUUGGAGGUCGUUGUCCUUGGAGCCCUGUGGAAAAUGGAUGUCACCCGCAUUAGUGAAAUUCAGCAUUGGAAGCCCUGAGUGCCACUGCCUUCCAUCACAUUCCAUGGAGUCUCCCCACACGUAACACCUUUGUGAACACCGGUAACGGUAGCCAUCCUGCCUGCCUCUGUCCUGGUAAACCCGAGGCCCAGAGCGGUGGACCCCGCUCAGGAAGCACCACGAUCCUUCUCUAUGCACCGACUCAGAUAUCUGCUCUGAGCUGCAGGCUACUGCCCAGGUGGGCCGGGACCCCAGGGAUGCCUAGAGACUCUUCAUUCUGUCUGCCUGUCUUCUUAAACCUCAGUGUACUUUAAUAUGGAUUCCAUGUGCAUUGUUUAAAAAAAAAUUUGCACACAUAAACAUUUGAAUGAAAACAAUAGUUGGAAAGGUAACACGUUUACAUGAUUUUUACAUUUGCAGUGCUGCAAUCACUCUGAUUCUGUGUUCUCAGAGAUACUGGAAGGUUCUUUGUUACCAACACAUACAACUUCUAAUGGACCACUGCAGCUAUCAUUUAUGGACAUGGACUUGUACUGUUCCAAUAUGUGAUAGUUCACUUCUUUUUAAUCAUUAUUAGAAAUUCUCUGUGAUUUAGAAUGCUAUUUAUCAUUCAGUGUAAGAUAUUUUAAGCAUUUGUGUACAGACUUGAGGACUUUUGAAAACUGUCCUGCACUGUAAUUAUAAGCUGAUCCUCCUGUCUGUGAAACUAAAAUCCGGGAAUAUUUUUUUGUUGGAAAUAGGAAUUACCAAGAAGCACUUAAGGGGAAGUAGUCAUUAAAUUGUUUUCACAUUUUCUUCCCUAGUGUCGUGUACAUCAUGUAGUAUAAGCUUUGUGAACUCAGCUUACAGAUCUAGAGACUUCGGUGUGUGGACUGAGGCUGUGGGUAUUUAUUAGGUUCAAACACUAAACUCUGCCAGGAACUUUUGAUAGUAAUGAGAAGACUGUUUGUUUUGCUCUGAGGGAAUUAAAGUUUUAUAAAUUUAA